AUGUUAUCACCAAGCCAGAUCAAAGUCUCUCUAGGAAAGCCAAUCAGGAUUCCAGAUCGGCUAAAGUCUGCCGGGGCAAUUGCACAUCAAGUACAUACUGGCAAGCUUUUGCUCAGCAUCAACAAUGAUGAUGUAGAUGGAGUGAUGCUGUAG